GGGAGGCCAUAUCGAAAGCGCUCGAAACACAAUCAACUGUUCACCCUCAGCAGAGUGCCCGCCAAAAUGCAGCAUUUCAGUUGGCUCUGUGUUACGAAAUUGGGUUUGGCUGCGCAAAGUCUAGAUCCAAGUCUAAGCAAUGGCUUACUCUGUCCGGGAAGACGCUGGAAGAUGUUGAAGACCAAAAAAAAAUUAUCAGAGCCAGUGAAAGCCAGUUUGGAAGAAUGGGCAUACUCGCAGCCUUCUCUACUUCUGCCCUCGCAGCUACUUAUCAACAGAAUGGACUGUUAGAUCAUGCGGUGAAGGUAUACAAGACGAGCAUUGAAAACCUUAAAGACUUCUUACCGAGUCACCACGAGGUUAUACUCAAUCAAACGGCCAUUCUCGCCGCAACGUAUCGAGCAUUAGGUCGACUCCAAGUUGCCGAAGCUGUCCUUUCUGAGCCGCUUCGACUAUUUCCUCAGGUUAUCUCCAACUCUGCUCGGCAACAAAUUCGACGUCAAAUGAUCCAUGUUUAUUCCGAGAUGGGUCAUACCACCGAGAUGGCAAGUCUCAUUGCGGAAGAGGAUGAGGAAACCAAUGUGCAAAUUGCUCAACUGCAGUCGAGCCGAAACCCAACAAAUGAAAGAAGGAUAAAAUCCUUCAAAGCGAAGAAGCUUCAUGCACUUGAGGAUCUUGGCAUUUGCGCUUUUCACGAACGAGAUUAUAGAAAAGCUGAGCAAGCGCUACUGCAAUAUCUUUCGCUAGCAGAAGAGAUGUAUGGAAACAAAGGGAGCACCACACAUGGUAUGCUUGUUCUUGGAGAGCUGUAUAAUCAGAUCAAGCGGCAUGAAGAAGCUAAGAGAUAUCUUGACCUUGCGAUCAGGAUUCGUGAGAAGGAUCCGGACGAGGAUUAUAAGCAAAUAUAUCAUCUCCGAAUCGCCCGCCUCUCGGUAUGCAGUACCCUUAAAGAGCGGAAAGAAGCAAGAUUUAAUACAGUCAAGCUUCUUGAGGAAUGCCGGGCAAGGUUCGGAGACACACAUGAUAUCACCUUGACUGCAUUAUUGAAACUGAUCGAUAGGUUGAAUGAACAAGGCCAGAGAAACGAUGCGAUCAACCUUGGCAGACUUCACGUGGAAUUAUGCGGAAAAACAGUGGGAACUCAACGGCCGAGAACAGGCUUCGCAAAAUUCAGAGUUGCGCUACUACUUUGGGACUUUGCGUGUUGGGAUGAGGCGAUUGAGAUGCAGGAGGAGGUGGUAAGUAUUUACGUCAAGGCACAUGGAAGUAAUCAUCCGAAAACGGCGCAGAUGAGGGAACAGCUGGAAUGGAUGAAAAGGGGAGCGUCGCUACGGCGAAGGAUUGAGACGCUUGUUCCCGGAGCUAUUGUACUUGGAACGGCGAGAAUGAUUCUCGCAUUUCGAGCGUGGCUGACUAGACUCGUAUACUAUUUCGCGUAGAAAAAACUUGGUUGAAGAAAUAGUCCCGAGUAAAUACUAAAUCAAAGUUUUGAGAAUGACAUUGCCGAAAUAUGAAGAUGCUACAUUAUAUCCUCCACAUGAGAUUUGUUCCGAGCACUCGGAGUGGGGUGUGUAUUCUUGAAAUA